CAAUGGCUGUAUAUGUAUAUCUUGAUGGCCAGGGAAGCAUCGGUUCCCACGUAGCAUAAACCAAAGCCUACACGACCAGAUGCACCAAACUUUCUGUUGUCAACUCAACUACAUAGUAUCUAUCUACACAUCAAUUACGUAUAAAACAUAAAUGAAAAAAUACUUAGGCAGUAAUAAUACUAUAUUGUUUGCAGUAGUAAUAAGAACCUGAACUGUCCCAGAAAAGAAACACCUUCCUUAGACCCUAAAAGUGAAAUAGGAAAUUAGAAGAGAAAGAGACAACUUGCACAUAUCAGCAUCAAAGUACCCUUUUUCGGGCAUAAAAUAAUGGGAAGAGGUAGGGUGGAGCUGAAGAGAAUUGAGAACAAGAUAAAUAGACAAGUGACUUUUGCAAAGAGAAGGAAUGGUUUGCUGAAGAAAGCUUACGAGCUCUCAGUUCUUUGUGAUGCUGAAGUUGCUCUCAUCAUCUUCUCUAAUCGUGGGAAGCUCUAUGAGUUCUGCAGCGGUUCUAGUAUGGCUAAGACACUUGAAAGGUAUCACAGAUGCAGUUAUGGUGCUGCUGAAAUGAACCAGUCUUCCACUGAUUCACAGAGUAACUACCAAGAAUACCUGAAGCUGAAAGCCAGAGUGGAGGUAUUGCAGCAAUCUCAGAGGCACUUGCUUGGGGAAGACUUGGCUCAGUUAGGAACAAAGCAGCUGGAUCAACUUGAACGUCAACUGGAUGCAUCUUUGAAGCAAAUUAGGUCAAUCAAGACACAACAUAUGCUGGAUCAACUCUCAGAUCUUCAGCAAAAGGAGAAAACACUAAUUGAGCUCAAUAACACUUUGAGGGGAAAGUUAGAAGAGAGCACGGCAAGGCUUCAUCAAGCAUCGUGGAAUUCAGAAGAGCAUAAUUUGCCUCACAGACCUCCUCAAGCUCAUGGCACAAUCAGGUCCCAAGGAUAUUUGGAGCCAACCCCAAACACCUUGUUCAGUUACAAUCUGGCUGGAGGUGGUGCUGAGGCUGAGUCAACCCAGAAUCCCAGUGGAAUCCUACCAGGAUGGAUGCUUUGACUGUACGUGAACUCAAGUAAAUUGCAUCAUGGAAAAUGCAAAGGAUUAAAACAUAUAUAUUCCCAAUGCCUGGAGUCAAAAGUGCACCAGUAAUUUUUUUUUUUUUUAAAAAAAAAACCCCCAGAGCAUGGUCAAUUAUGAUUAAGUGGAGUCCAUAAUAUUAUGAAAGUUUUACGUGUUUCAAGGAGUAUAUUGUGGUUGACCAACAGUCUCCUGAAUUUGUCAUUGCAAUUUCAUUAAGAUUACGAAGUUAUGUAUAAAAUGAAGAUAGUAAUCGAAGAUAAAUGAAUUAACUAUAGCUAUACAGAUGUAAACAAUGAUACUAUCCAGAAAUUCUCUCUUUUUCCUUUGUGGUUUAAUCUUCUUCAUACGAGCUUUUUAUAUCCAUC